UUGAGUGUAGGGUUAAUACCGACAGAUGGGGCGUGGUUUAGAUCAAUGACAACCACCUCACUGUAGUCAACUGUAAAAAAGACAACAAAAUCACAGUCCUGGCAGGUCCGCGUGCUGGUUUUCCUGUGAGCCUGUCUGCGGUGGACGGCUCGUGCUUCCAGGAGGAGAAGACGUUGAACGUGCGCGGCUGUUAUCUUCACUUCCACAGGAGGAAAUCAGUCGGUUGAUAUGGAGAAGGUACGACCUGGAGUGGCUAUUUGAGCAGCUCGCCUUCGUGUCUGAACCAGGGAAGGCUACAGUGCAGGAGACAACAGCUGAGGGGUUUGAUGGAUAAAAGGGAAACGGGUGGGAUAAAGCAGCAGCUGCGGUUAUCGGUGAAUUAAAGUCAUCCAGGGGAGCACAGCCCGGCUGCUUCAUCAGGAUUGCGACUACCUUACGUAACCUAGCUUUGUGGGGAGACUGGCAGGGUAACUGCUGCUUCCUAGCUGUUUAAUUCCAACGAGGAUAGACAGGUAAAUUGAGACGAGUGCAAUAGCAAGUUUGUCCACCCACUCAGCAUGAUCCACAGACCCUCUGUCUCCCACCAGCAGUGAGUACGCCAAAAAUGAACGAGGGCAGCAGGCAGGGAGGAGGCGCCAUCACUGUGGAGGCUGAUGUCAUCCUCCAUGCGGUUAACCCUGACCUUAUCACGCCUUCUGACAAGGAUGGGAAAUCUUGUCCUAGUUAUGUUCAAGAAUUCCUGAAGGACACCAAGGAUUUCAGCCCCCCUCCUGUGUUUGAAAAGGAAUACCUGUUGGAUGGGACACCAAUGGAGAAUAACCACGUGGCUCAUCAUCAGGGUAACGGCUCGUGCAUCCUGAGAACUGAGAAUUUCACCAUCCCAAAUUCCAAGGGAGCUCCAGAUCUCUCCUCUUAUGCUGACCCUGCUGGAACCAAUCACAUUUCUGCAGUGCAACAGAAUUGUACAAGCAGUGAAAUCCAUAACGGUGCAAGAUCUAAAGUGUCUCACAGUGCAGAUUCCACCAUAUGCUCGCCCAGUCAGGCCAAAAAGGAAACCGAGUGGUCAGGCCUAGAAUCGAACUUUGUUCGCAGAGACAGCAACCAGGAAAACAAGAUGACUAAAAAGGAGCCUGAUUUAGUCAUUGAAGUGGGCGGGCAGAAGAUCAAUGCUCACAAGUCUGUCCUGGCAGAAAAGAGUGAUUACUUCAAAGCACGGCUGUCACGAGACAUCCUCAAAGUGAAGGGCGUCAGUUACAAGACUCUAUCCACGUUGAUAGAUUAUGUUUACACUUCCAAAAUGAAUGUUUCCAAGGAUAAUGUAGUAGAUGUUAUCACAGGGGCUAAAAUCCUACAGAUCCCAUGUGCCGUCCAGGCUGCCAUGGACUCUAUGUCUGCACAGAUCACUGCAGAGAACUGCUAUGAGAUCCUCACCAUCGCCAAAAAGCAGCGACUCAGCGAACUGAAGGAGACAGCCUAUGCUUUCAUGAGUGACAAUUUCUUACAGAUCCUAAAAGACCCAGCUGUGUACGGGCGUCUGACCGGAUCUGAGCGGGAUCUGAUCCUGAAGAAGAGGAUGGAGGGGAGGAAGACGCUGAUGGCGGCAGAGAUCAACGAUGUGUUUGAUCGUGUUGGGAGCAGACCGCCGAGCCGAUGCGGCAGUAGACCACAGAGCCCGUUGUCUGUGGGGUCUCUAGAAGAGAAUCAUAUGAUUUACUACUUUAAUGAAACUGCAAACGACUGGAGACCUUUGACUGCAAUGCCUGAGGACAUAAACACUAAAGGGUGUGGGAUCUGUACCAUGUACAACUACCUGUUUGUGGCAGGGGGGAUAAAGGGCUAUGGAGACAAGGGCAAGGUUUCAGACAAGGUCUUCUGUUACAACCCAAUAACAAACCGCUGGGCUGAGGUCAGACCUCUGAUUCAAGCACGUGCCCAGCUAAAGCUUGUAUCCAUGGAUGGCUACUUGUACGCCAUCGGAGGGGAAUGUUUGUUUACAGUGGAAAAAUAUGAUCCCCGCAUGGAUAGAUGGACUACAGUGGCCCCUCUGCCUAAAGGAGCCUUCGCUGUGGCUCAUGAAGCCACCACAUGCAGUGGAGAACUUUAUGUUUCAGGAGGCUCUCUCUUCUACCGUCUCCUGAAGUACGACACCAAGAGGGAUGAGUGGCAGGAGUGUCCGUACAACAACAGCAGGAAGAAGUCCUCGGACAUGGUGGCACUGAAAAGCUUCAUUUACCGCUUCGACGUGAACAAAGAGCAAGGGAUCAACGUGUUCAAGUACAACACCAUAGUGAAAAUGUGGCAUGAUUGUGCAUCACAGAGGCUGGGAAGUCAUUUACCCUUCAGGUGUGCCGUUAUCGGCAACUGCAUCUACUGUGUGAACAAAAGCCAGACUCUUCAGUUUGUAGUGGAGGAGGAGAACGCCUACUUUGUGGAGGAGCCGCUUAGGGCGCCUCUGGAAGCCAAAGGCGUUCUGUUUCCUUUUGUUCUCACUUUGCCUGAAAAGCCUGACAGAGUUACAUAGUGUGGAAGUGUGUGUGUGUGUGUUUGUGUGCGAUCCAGAAUAACUCAAUAAAUGUGUCAUAGCAAAACUGGAAUAAGCAGAAAACCUUAUUUACACUCUUCAAUGUCAGCUCUCUCUCGGUGUGUCAGCGCCUGCUUGCAGUGGAAUGUGUGUAUUUGCAUGGCAAAUUAAUGUGUAUGCAGCCUUAAAUGGAAAAAAAAAUUUUUUAGCUUUGAAUUAAUGAAAACUUUAUUUGUAUCCGACCGUAGAUAAUGUCAUGAUGACAGUGACUGUAGGUUAUUUUUGUGUAUUUACUGUGUUCACUUUGGUUUGGUGCACUUUUAUAGUUAGAGUAGAUCUUAUUUAGGAAACAUGAACUAGUUGACUGAUGACUUAUGAAGAAGGAUGGAAGCAGAGUUAGUGCGCUUAUGAACAUAAAGGUCUAUGCAAACGAGAGCAUACAGUUGGGACUGCUGUAAUGCUAUACAACAGUCGUUACAAGGGGAAACUAACUGGGAAAGAUUUCUGUAUUCUUAAAACUAGGGCUGCAACUAAUGUUUUCUUUAUUAAAUUAUAGAAUAUAAAACAUCAGAUGAUGCUUUAAAAAAGUAGGGAUGCAGGGUAUUGUUGGCAUUGGAAAUCAAAAGUCUAAAAAGUAAAUUAUCAGUAUGGGCAGUUAUGAAAAUGUAUGCAUGGAUUUACAUCAAAUGCAUUGGCCAUACAUAUCAUUCAUGAAUGUGCAAAUCGAAGAAAAUGACUGACACUCAGGAGAAAAUUCAGAGAUUCUACAAGGAGGACUGGGGUGUACUUCUGGGUUUAUUAGCUAGCACUUGGAGGAAAUAGCCUUUAUUAGGCUAACAGAUUUAACAUUGCUUUGUGCUAAUUUUAACUUAAGAAACAAUCUAUUUCAAACAGCAAAAUACUGAAGAGUCACUUGCCAGAUUAUUCACAGAAAUAGUCCAUGAUAGAAAUGGCAGUCAAAACUGAAAAUCCACUGCACUCUGAUGUGAUAAAAAUCCUUUAUUAAACAGGGAUGUCUAUGCGUUUUGAAUCACCGAAAGUCUUCAUCAGAUCCUGAAGAAGACUUGGGUGAGUUGAAAUGCAUAUAGACAUCUGUGUUUAAUAAAGGAUUUUCAUCACAUCAGUGUGCUUGAAUUUUUCAGUUCUGACUGCCAUUUCUACCAUAGACUAUAUUUGUAAGUAAUCUGGUAAGUCACUCUUCAAUUUUGCAUGUGAUCCUGGUUACAUUUUACCAACAUAUUUGACCCCUUGCAGCACUCACCCUCCUCAAGCUGCAACAAUCCAUUUUACUCAACAAUUCUAGGUUAAAAGAAUAAUUUAAUUAAUCCUUAACAUAAACAUGCUCAGAUAAAGAGGAUUGUCUUUAAGUUAAGAGGGAUGAAGCUAGAUUUUUAGCAACCUCGGUUGUAUAACUAGACAUUACUGCUAUUCUUCUUUUGUUAUUUAAGGGUGGUUAGCAAACAGCUUUCAAAUGCUCUGCAGCUUCCACCAGGUGGUAGCACAUUAAAAACAGGCGUGAGUAAUAAAUAAUGGAAAAAAUGUAGUUUUACAUUAAGAUAGAAAUAAUGACUGAAUAUUCUAAAAGCAUUGCCCGGCCCUUGCUUCACCAUAUAAGGAGAACAUUUAGCCCAUGAAGAUUUAAGCAGAACCUUGAAACUGUAUCUACAAAAUUAGUUUGGAAAUAUUUGCACAUCUGAUAUCUGAAGAAAAAUCCAAUAUCGUGCAUCCCUAAAAGAAAGUAAUUUCCCUCAAGAAGACUUGCAAUGGAAGACUCAGAGAUGGAUAGUAUAUAUUUUUGCUGAUAAUAUAGCCUAUAUGAUAAAUAAUACAUCAAAUGUUCUUUUGAGUAACCAGAAACAGCACAUUUUAGUCUUUCAUGCUGGAAAAAUCAAAUCUGAUUUAAACUAUUUUUGAAAAAUCUUGUUUUGUAUAUCAACAGAUUGUUGCAGCUGAACCUCAACUCUGAUCUGCACUGCCUCAUGUAUAUAUAGGUCAAACCUAAAGUCUAUAUUUAUCAUGUACAACAGAUAUUUUCUUUGCAAAGCAUUUACAAAGAGGCAAGGCAGGGUGCCUUUUUUCCUCAAAAUAAAUUCUAUCUCCAAGAAGCUUAAAACAAUCAUGUAUAAUCUCCUAACAAGUUCUUAAAAUACUUGAAAUAAUUGGAAAAUUAAACUACAUGACAUUUAUUUUUAGAUUUACAUAAGAAUAUCUUUUAUAUAUAAUGCAUACUCAUGGAUGUCACUGGCCCUGCAUACAGUAUAGCACAUUUGCCAAAGAGAAAUAACAGUCCAGGCAGUUUAGUGCAAUAAAGCUAUAAUAGUAAUCACCUUUUUUCAAGUUCUAGUGGAUAAAGUUUCUAAUAAAAAAUAGAAUUCCUCUGAUGUCAUCACAUUUAUUUAGAAGACUAUAGUUGUUUUUCUAACAGAAAGGACAUUGCAUUUUUUGCUGACAGGCACUUUCUGUGAAGUCACCGGAAAUCCAGCCUCUCAUAUUAAAGAUGCAUCUCUUAACUCAUGUCUUAUCUGUUUGAGGAAAAAGCAGUCUUGUGUUUGGCUGUUGGUAGAUUUCCUCACUGACUGCAGUGACCCUCUAGGUCAAAGGUCAAAUCAGAUAGUAGAGUUCUGCAGCAGGUCAUGGUCACGUCUCUUAAAAAAACAUAACCUGCUGCCAUGAAACUAAAUAACCAGCUUAUUCCUGCAUCUUAGCACAUUAGUUACAGUUUUGCUCUAAAUGUCCUUCUUUAAAACAAUUUUUGCUGCUGCAAUAAAACAGUGGGAGUUUUGUAAAGAGGGUUAUGCUGAUAUAUUCUUGGAACAAAUUGUUUUUGAUAAAGUUUGUGGAAAUGUCUCCAAGAAGGCAAUGUGACUAGGAUGACAUGGAUGUGGUUUUGAAUCCUGCUCACUGCCAUCUGUAUUUUUGUGAUUUUUGUAUGGAUUUGGUGGUUGUGGAUCUGCUGCUUUGAUGGACUUGCUGGUUGUGGAUCUGCUGCUGUGAUGGACUUGCUGGUUGUGGAUCUGCUGCUGUGAUGGAUGGUAAAGUGAUGCAAUGCUCAGUACUGGCUUCCUGUUAAAGGCUAAUGGAGAUGGCUAACAAAUAAGCUGUUGGAUAAUGUAUAUCAGUCAAGACUAAGUGCUUCAAAUAAAAUAUUUUGUGUCUGAA